CCGCUUCCGCGCCGGCCCGGAAGCGGAUCCGCUCCGUCUCCUAGCAGCGGCGGGAGCGGGGAGGGAGCCGCCCGGGGCGGCUUGUGGCUGUGCUACAGCAUUCAGAGGACAUCUGUGACUGAUGUUUUUGACGUAAUUCCACUUAAUGAGGUUAUGGGAGAGAAGGAGCCAUGUCAGAGGAGGCUGUUACCGAGGCACGCUUUUCUCUGAAGACAGUGGCUCUACGGGCAUUUCACCUUCCCGUGUCUUGGUAUCACUCUCUCACACAGAUAAAUCUUUCACCUGGUUUAAAGAAGCUGUUCACAGUCACAGCAGUGAGUGCAAUAUCUGUCAUUUUUCUGGCCCAUCAUUUCAAAAGAAAACGUGGAAGGAAAAACAAGCAAGUGUCCCAAUGGGAGCCAGGUCAUCUACUACUAGAAUGUACCAAAGCAGCUGCAUCAGAAAAAGGUUCAAGUUGUUCCAGUAGCCGACAAAACUUGACUCUUUCUCUGAGCUCUGCUAAGGAAAAAGGAUCACAGUCAUGUAUCUAUGCAAAUGGAGGGCUUUUCAGUAAAUACUCUGGUUCAGUUCAGAGUCUGGUCUCAGUUCAGAGUGCCACCUCUUGUCACAGCUGUGCUUGUGCCAAUUCUAAUUCCUGGGAUAAAGCAGAUGAAGAGGAUAUUAAGCUUGUUAAUAUUCCAGUCACUACACCUGAAAACUUAUAUUUGAUGGGUAUGGAGCUCUUUGAAGAAGCACUGCGUCGAUGGGAGCAGGCAUUAACUUUCCGUAACAGGCAAGUGGAAGAUGAAGCAAGCUGUAGUUCCAUCAAGCUGGGAGCAGGAGAUGCAAUUGCAGAAGAAAGUGUAGAAGAUAUUAUUAGUGCUGAAUUCAUCCAUAAACUUGAAUCCCUGCUUCAAAGAGCUUAUCGUCUCCAGGAGGAGUUUGAGGCCACCCUUGGGACCUCUGAUCCUGCUUCUCUGACUAAUGAUAUUGAUAAAAAUACAGACAUUACUGUAAAGGAUAACACGGAUGAUUUUUGCCUUCGAGAUACACUAAGCAUUGCAUCGACGGACUCUUUUGUUUCCACGGCUGAGCUUACGGAGCAUAGAGAAGUUCGUAAUACCUAUGGGCUAGAUUCCCUUUGCCAUUGCCCACUGUAUGAAGAAGCAAUGCACUUAGCAGAAGAAGGCAAAGUUUAUUCACGAGUAUUAAGGACUGAAAUGUUUGAAUGUCUUGGGGACAGCGACUUCCUUGCUAAGCUUCAUUGUAUUCGACAAGCUUUCCAGAUAAUUCUUUCAGAAACAGCAAACAGAAUAUUUCUUGCUGAAAGUGGAAGAAAAAUUUUAUCUGCCCUAAUUGUGAGAGCACGAAAGAAUCCAAAGAAAUUUGAAGAUGUCUUUGAUGAAAUGAUAUAUUUCUUGGAACAAACGGAUCACUGGGAUAAUACUGAAAUGGAACUUGCUGCUAGAGGAGUAAAAAACUUGAAUUUUUAUGAUGUUGUUCUGGACUUCAUUUUGAUGGAUUCAUUUGAAGAUUUAGAAAAUCCACCAAUAUCUAUACAGAAUGUAGUAAACAACCGCUGGCUGAAUUCCUCUUUUAAAGAAACAGCAGUGGCUUCGAGCUGUUGGUCAGUACUGAAGCAGAAAAGACAGCAAAUGAAGGUACCUGAUGGAUUUUUUGCUCAUUUCUAUGCUAUAUGUGAACAUAUCAGCCCUGUUUUGGCAUGGGGUUUUUUGGGUCCUAGAAAUUCCCUUUAUGACUUAUGCUGCUUCUUCAAGGAUCAAGUGCUUUUCUUCCUCAAAGACAUCUUUGACUUUGAGAAGGUACGAUACUCAACUAUGGAGAGUUUGGCUGAAGACCUCAUGCAGUUAUUAAUCCGACGCACUGAACUUUUGAUGGCCUACCUUGGAGCAGAUUCAUUGAAACAUGCCAGUGCUUGUGUAAGUGGUCAUGGGCAUGUGAUGACCAGUGGGCUCUUGGAAGCAAAGGCUCAGUAAGCUUAAAACCCAUGAGAUGUGAGAUGGAGUGCACUUUGACAUGCUCCUUCCCACCUUUCUUUCCCACCCCAAAGCUUUCAUUGCUGUUAAUGAGCAAACAUCUGACAAUGUACCAUGUUGCUAAGUAAGGAAAAGGACUCAGGGAGAAUACACAUCUACAAAAAGAACUGGUGAGCAUACUGUUGUAUAUAUCUAAAUUAAAUGUGCAGCUCAGCUGACAUCAUGUUUAUAUUUAAUGUAUCCCAAAGCUUUUUUUCUGUAAUAUUUUGGUAAAGUUUAUUUAUGAAAUACUGUACUUUUGCCACAGAUAAUUUGUAAGUGGAGCCAAUGGAUGUGUCUCAUGUAAAGGCUUACAGUACAAAAUGUUCACUACAGAGUCUCAAAGACAUGAUGUGUCUAGGCCAAGGAGGUGUUUCAGUGGGAGUAUAUGCAGUUAUACAGUCUCUGGUUCAUGUGACACGUGCAAUAAAGGAAUCACAGUCACAAAACUGAACGUGUUGCCACUGCCCUGAAGUUACAUUUGUGUGGAUGUAAGCAGUCGUUUUGUACUACAGUAUAAGAGUGAUGCAGGCACCAUUUGGGCAGUAAUGACUUCCAGUAUGCAUUUUUUUGCUUUAUUUUUUGCACAAAAUCUAAUAAUCAUGAAGGUGUUUGUAUGAGACCACUUUUUAUAUCCAAACAGCUAUGCUAGUUUCACCACUAUUUUUUUCUUUUUUAAAACUGCAAAGACUUUAAGUGGUGGUGAUGGAUAUAAUUCUUAGUUCUUAUGUAGCAUUUCAAAAUACGUUUUUAAAUCAUGAUAAUUUUUUAAUCGUGAAACAGAAUCGAGGGCAGUGUUUUGUAAUUAAAAGCAUUUACGUCUUCCUGCCUUCCUUGUAAGGAGGUCAAUUAUCUAUUUGGGAGGAAAUGUGGUGAUUUUGGCCAUAAAGGUUAACAUGCAAAAGUGUGGUGGCUCAGGAUAUGGAAACCUUAACGUUGGUUAGGAGGCAAUACAGUAAUGAGGCAUGAGAAAACUUGCAGCAACAUUUUGACUGUGUUAAAGCUAAUAAUGAUCUAUAGUCUUGAAUUCCUUUAAACUGAAACAGUGUUUUCUAGUUAGCUUUUAAACUACGUUGAUGUAUUCUUGGCCACACAAAGCCAGCCUACAAGAAUUCAGCCUGUGUUAAGUAAGUAAUGAGACUAAUUAUAGACUAAUUCUAAACAUUCAGAUAUUCAGGAGCAUGUUGUUGUGAUGUAACAUAUUGAAGCAAACUUUGAUUAGAAACAUUUCAACUGCUGUUGCACAAAUAACCCAAACUGAUGGUACUUGAAGAUGAGGGCCAGUGUCUUUCCAUAGGUUUUACUGAAGCCAACUUUUUGUCGUGUUCAUUUGAUAAAGAUGAUGAAAAAGUAUCAUAUGACUUGUGUGAAAUGCCAACUGAUUAUAUUAAAAAAACAAAAAACAAAAAAUACAAA